CCAUUAUUACACAGCUCUGAAAAUUGAAAGCUUUCCAGUCAUAAGUCCAUUCAUCCUCUCGCCUUCGCCUAUAUCGAUACUCAGUCGGCAAGCCUUCUCGAAUUAUCAGCAAUCGUCAUGUCGGCUCAAACCAUUGUCCCCAAUCAAACGCUCUAUUGCAGGAAUCUGCCCAACAAGAUCCAAAAGCAGGACCUCAGGCGGGCGCUCUACCUCCUCUUCUCUACAUAUGGAUCGGUUCUGGAUGUCGUCGCGCUCAAGACCAUGAAGAUGCGCGGGCAAGCACACGUUGUUUUCAAGGAUAUCCAAUCAAGCACACAAGCCAUGCGAGCUCUUCAAGGCAUGGAAUUCUUCGGCAUGGAACUAAAAAUAUCUUACGCAAAAUCCAAGUCGAAUACCAUCUCUAAGCUCGACGGCACAUUCAAUAUCCCAUCCACCGGUCCCUCCGGCUCGACCGUUCCUGGAGCUGCUGCGCAACCCUCUAUUUUCACUGCUCCUAUAGGUCUCCCAUCAGCAGGUACCACCACCGGAGGUGCAGCUCCCGCAAAGGAAGCUUCGCCGGCAGCGAUUGGGACGAAGAGGCCGCGGGAUGAGAGCGAAGGCGAGGAAGAUGGCGAUGCCCCCAUGGAGGAUGAGGAGAGCGAGAUGGAGAUGAGCGAUGAAGAUUAAUGGACGACUCGUAGAGGACAUUGGCAUCACUCCACAUUCUGCCGCAGCCUUCGCUCCAAAAGGCUUCGUAUGAGGCCGCCUCCUUCAACAGCACCAAUAUAUCAAGUUCACUCUUGGCGAACGACAUGCUCUGUUUGGCAGCACGA